AUGCAGUUGGAUUCGGUGAAGACAUUACUGCUCUUGAGGAACAAUUUUAUUUCUAGCCUCUCAUUCGAGCGAAAAGCAUGCUAUGCUAGCAGUUGAAUGAAAGCACGAUCGGCGUCCAGUAGAUCAAUUGGAGAGGUGACAAAAGGCAAGCAAGUGCAGUACUCGCUUGCUCAUCCGAAUAUCGACGACACUUCACAAGCGGAAUGGAAGAUGUUCGAGCUGAUGGAACGAACAACGUAA